UUACGGUAUAUGCCCACAGCCGUCUGACAAGUAGGCCUAGUGUGUGUGUGUGUACAUGUGUGUAUAACGAACGAGUAGGCCCAGCUCCCAUCAAACAUGCCGCUGUCCCGGUUAGGAUACUGGAAAAUUCGAGGGCUUGCCCAACCCAUCCGUCUGUUGUUGACCUAUGCUGGUGAAGACUAUGAAGACAUUUUAUAUGAGCAAGGAGAAGGGCCAGAAUUUAGCAGGGAUGCCUGGAUCAGUGUAAAGGAAUCUAUAGGCCUGGACUUCCCUAAUCUGCCGUAUUAUAUUGAUGAUGAUGUACAAAUGACACAGAGUAACACUAUCAUUAGGUACAUCGCUGGCAAAUAUGACCUUCUGGGAAAGUCUAAAGAAGAAAAAGUUAAAUGUGACAUGAUGCUGGAAAAUGCAAUGGACUUCAGAAAUGGAACUGUUCGUCUUUGUUAUAAUCAAGAAUAUGAUCAACUGAAAAGUAACUACUUUGAAAGGUUGUUGAAGGUCGUGUUUCCAUCAUUUGAAAAGUAUUUGGGUAAACACUCAUGGUUUGCUCAUGGAGAAGAGGUAACGGCUUGUGAUUUUCCAAUGUAUGAACUACUGGACCAACAUCUAUUGAUGAAACCUGGUUGCCUUGACAAUUUCCCGAAUCUGUCAGCUUUCAAGAAACGAUUUGAGGCGAUACCAAAGAUUAAAGAUUACUUACAAAAUCCAAGAUAUAUUGCUCUCCCUGUCAACAACAAAGUGGCUAAGUUUAGAUAGACAAAUUAAACUGAUUGUAUGAGUUAAUUCAAUAUUAACACACUCUAAACAAUUCAUUAAUACUUUUCUAAAUUCAAUGUUUUGUUAUUUCCUAGCAGACAUGUAGUAAUAUGUAGGUUAAAAGUCUAUGAAGCAAUCAAUGAAUUCUUAUACCGUGGUGAAGUCAUUGUGAUGAUGAUAGUACCAUUAAUCCUUUUUCUAUACCUAAUUUAUCUGGCAGUAGACCCAUAUGUCUUAGUAAUAAGCCUGUACAUAUCUAUUACCAGUUGGUAGAAUUACCAACCAAAAUUUGUCCUUUGUCCAGUAUUAAGCACAUCACUGACUCUUAGUGGGAAGUUACAGGCUGCAAGGCUCUUUGGUUUUAUUACAGGAUAAAUGUAGUACUCGUCAAGUAAUUUCUGCAUGUUAUUGUUGGCAAAGCUUUAGACGGUGGUGCCAACUUAGUUUUGUCUAGUUCAAAACCUUUUGUGGUACAUACUGCAUUGAUGUUGGAGGUAUUUCAGGUGGCUGGGAAAUAUUUAGUUGCUUUUUGUAUUAGUUUGAUUAUAUUUGCUAUUAGUAUUGUUGACUCCUUGUGAUGUUGCUGGGUCUAUUCAUAAUAUGGAGAACAGUGAUUGUAAUGGUAACUAUUAGUAUUUAACAAGAUAUCUUUUCAUAUUUCUGAUAAUCUGAAAGGAGAUAAUAUCCCUUUUCUAGAAAUAUUUAUCCAGAAAACACUGCGGUCAUUGUUUAUCUUGCAGUUUAAUAAAAAAGUUUUUUUUUUUUUGCAAAGUUGUCAUCAAGGUCAUUGUUACAGAGACAGCAAUUUGAGUGUGUAACACGAGUAAUAAAUACAGUGAUGUAAUCUCAGCGGUCAUUCCACAUGUCCACAUCUUUGUUGACACACAAGAUCUGUAUGUCAGUUCACAGUUAAUUUUUUUAUAUUAUUUCAGAGAUCAAAAUUUUCACAGCCACAUCAGUGGCCAACGAAAGAGCGUCCCACAAAAAUAACUGGCUAUAUUAAUAUUGUAUAUAUAAAGGAGGUAAUUUAAACUGUUCCUCGAGGUCAUUAAUUUGAAUACAGACACACAGAUUUUGGACAUAUUAACAAAUACAGUUUGUCUGUAUUCUCUAAUUUAAAAAUCACUACCUAGUUCUAAUGUCAUUUCUAGUCUUUAAUUCAGUUUGGCAAAACUUACUUCAUUGACUAAGUAGAUCAUUAUGAAGCCUAUUAUUAAUUUAUUAGAAAUGCUGGUUAACAUUUAUCAAGAAAAUACUGGUACUACUACACAAAACUUUAAAUUGCUAAUGCUUUGAUUGCAGAUUUUAUUUUUUUUUCUCUUCCAAAUGAUUAAGUUAUGACGAGUAUACACAAUUGUUUGCAUUUUUAUAUAAUGCCUAUUUUCUGUUACCAGAGUUUAAAUAAAGGUGUUUAUAUAUUGCAAA